UCGAGCGAACGGUCAACUAGGAAAAAUGUUUGCCAGCAGAGGAAUUCUAGUGCUGGGAGUGCUGUUGAUAUCGGCACUUGGUGGCCAGUCUGAAACGAUCCCCUGCAAACUGAAGGAUGCGGAGCACGGCAAGGUGUGCGUCUGUACGGCGGACUACUGUGACUAUUUGGACAAUCCUGUCCUGACUGAUGAGAGCGAGUGGUUCUUGAUUUCCAGUUCCAAGCAAGGACUUCGCUUCUCAACCACAAGUAAUAAAUUCGGCAAUGAGGAGAAGGUCACUAUCCAGGAUUAUGUGGAGCCUACCACAGAGACUGUGAAUGCCACUAUCCUCUCCCGUCUGCUCGAUGAGGUGGUGGCCAGUGCUUUUACCUUGGAGUCCCGGGAGAGCUCUAUCACUCGCUCAGUGACCCUACGUUUGAAUAGGACUAAUACCCACCAGAAGAUGGUUGGCUUUGGAGGCAGUUACACAGGAGCUGUUACCUAUUUGGUGGAAAACUUCAAGCAGACGGAUCUGGCUGAUCACUUAUACAAGUCCUUCUACGCGGAAGAUGGUGUGGGUUUCAAUCUCAUGAGAGUUUCGAUUGGCGGUUGUGAUUUUGAUUUGGAAGCCUGGUCAUAUGCUGAGGAAGUGGACGACACCUUGCUGUCGGAUAUGGAUAAACUGGACGAGCAUGAUGUAAAUCGAGUGGAGCAGAUUAAGCGACUCAUUGAGGUGUCCGGCGUCAAGAAUCUCCUUGUGAAAGGAGCUGCCUGGAGUGCCCCGCCAUGGAUGAAGACCAACAACAGGUGGACAGGAUUUGGACGGCUCAAGCGGGCUUACUAUCAAACUUGGGCGGAUUAUCAUCUGCGUUGGAUAAAGCUGAUGGAGGACAAUGGCAUUCCCAUCUGGGCCAUUUCCACGGGUAAUGAACCCCUCAAUGGCAUCUUCUUUAUGUACUUCGUUAAGUUCAUGAGCAUGGGAUGGACUCCCCAGACGCAGGCCAUUUGGUUGAACGAUUAUCUGGGUCCCACCAUUCGUAACUCGGAAUUCAAGGACAUCAUCCUGUUUGGCAAUGAUGAUCAACGCUAUUCCUUCCCUCAUUGGUUUAAAAUGAUGAACUAUACUCGGCCAAACUCGAUUGAUUAUCUGGACGGAUUAUCGCUGCACUGGUAUUGGGAUGAAAUUUUUGGCAACAGCUUUAUCGAACAGACCACGGAAUAUGCCCCCGACAAGAUUUUGAUAGUAUCGGAAUCCUGCAUCGGUGAUAAACCCUGGCAGGCAGCUGCUCCUCUCCUGGGAAGUUGGGAAAGGGCCGAGAAGUACGCCCGUGACUAUCUUCUUAACAUUAAGUUGGGCUUCCAUGCCUGGAUCGAUUGGAACAUAGCUCUGGAUGAGGAGGGUGGUCCCAAUUAUGUGGACAACUUUGUGGAUGCCCCAGUUGUUGUCAAUACCACAACUUUUGAAGAGUUCUAUAAGCAGCCCAUGUUCUAUGCCAUUGGCCACUUCUCAAAGUUGGUUCCGGAGGGAUCCAUUCGUAUAGAUGCCGUUGCCAGUAAUGUCAACCUGGAUUCCGUUGCCUUCCUCCGGCCGGAUAACAAAAUCGCCGCUGUUCUUUUUAAUAGUGGUCGUGCUGAUCUGGAUAUCACUUUGGUGGACAGUGAAAGAGGACAAUUUGUAGUGAAUGUUCCGGCGAAAUCUAUUCACACGUUGCUGUACAGCUAAUUAUGAAAUGAAAUGGGAAAAAAAUAUAUAAAAUAAAUUUUAAUUAAAUUAAAAAACUAAA